CGGUUUCAAGCGUAAUAUUAUAGAAGAGCAGGGAUUAACACAAUUUAAGUCCCGCUACUGGAUCCAUCUAUCCCAUGGACGGAACACAAUGUGAGUAUUGGUGUAAUCGGCUAUGUGAUGUUGGAUUGGAUUCGAAACAGAAGGCAAACACCGCAAUUGAAAUUCGAGAUGCGUUGGAUGAUGUGCUAGUAAGUCAAAGAAGGUUUUCUGAACCAUUAAAGCCUCUUCUGGAGGCAGUCAUGAUGCUUCUUGAAAAAGAGCAACCUGUCUUUUCAUCCUUAGCUGCUACUCAUCGGCUUCGCAUCACCUUACUAGAAGUACUGAAAAAAGUCUCAUUGUACAGUGAGUUUGAAGCUUGGGUUGACAGGACCUUCAAACUUUUACUGCUAAUUAUUGUCAAUGACAACGAGGAAAUGGUUGUGUUAGCCUUGAAGCUAAUAGUUCAUUUAUUCAAAGAUUUUAAUGUAGCUUCUAAAGCGCACGUUAAUGAUUUUCUAAGUCUUGUUAUUGACGCCUACAAUUCUAUGCCUUCUGUUGUUGCAGAAGCCUUCCCUUCACGGUCUGGCCCAAAUACUCCCUCCUCUCAUCCAGCCUCUGGGCCAUUAUCUGCUUCUCCUACAGAGAUAGGUCUUGAAUCCACGGGAUCAAAGCAUAUUCCUAAAUCUUCCUUAAGUUUUAAGAUGCUUAAUGAAUGUCCUGUAAUAGUGUUUUUACUAUUCCAAACCUACAAAGAAUUAAUUCCAAAAUGGUUACCUAUACUUGCAUCUCUAGCUGUUCAGUUUAUAUCGCUUCGUCCUACUCCGCAAGCUGAAGCUCAUAGGUUGGCUGCUUCCCAAAACGAAGUCUUUACGGGGGUCGUACCAUCUUUACGACGAAAUUCUCAGUAUAAUGAUUUAAUGUCUGCUCAGGUUAAGUCUUUUUCUUUCCUUGCAUAUUUAAUUCGUGGUUUUGGUUCAUCUUUAAAACAGUUUGAGAGUUCAAUAGCUCUUUGUACGAUGCAACUAUUCACCGAUUGCCCUUCUGAGUUAUAUCACACGAGGAAAGAACUACUUGUUGCGACGAGACAUAUUCUUUCAACGGAUUAUUUGAGAAGUUUUGUCCCUUACAUAGACCAAUUGCUGGAUAUCAAAAUCUUAGUUGGCCAGGGUGUAAGUGUUCAGCAUUCGUUAAAGCCCAUGGCUUUCAGUACAUUAGCUGAUCUACUCCAUCACGUGCGGAUGGAUCUUACACCGAAUCAAGUGUAUAAAGCUAUAAAUAUUUAUUUUUCCGUCAUUAUGGAAGCAAACUAUACUUCUGCAAUACAAGCCAUGGCCACAAAAUUGAUUUUAAACAUGAUUGAAACAAUUGUCGCCUUUAACGACCUUUCAGUUCGUCGUUCUCUGUUAUUUGUAAUAUUAAGAAAUCUUCUGAAGAAGCUUCAAAUCCUUAAUGCUGAUUUGGAACAACUUGAAAAUGAUAUGAACAAGACUGUUAGUACUGAUGAUGUUAAUGACAAAGCUCAUGAUUUGCCUAUGUUUAGAAACCCAAGCGCUUUACCGGAAGUUUCUGUUCCCGAAAAGUUAAAAGAUCGCCUGUUCCUAUUCAAAAACAUUGUAUUGGGCUUAAAAACAGUGUUUUAUGGCUUAAAACAAUGUAAUUUGCCUGCCCCUCCUGGAACGAUAUUCACACAGCAAGAAUGGUCUUCAAAACUUCAUUUUGGCUCAAGAUUUGAGUUGGAGAUUAUAAGCGAUUUACUCAUUGAAUGCUUAAAGGGUUUCCGAUAUUAUCAAGUGGACGAGUCCAAUGAUCUUUAUAAAAAUGAAAAGUCUGUUCAUCCUUUUCAGGAGCCCAUUUCCACUGCACAAACAACAAAGCUGGUGGAACAAAAAGAACUUUUAGAGGUUUUAGCAACACUGUACAUUCGUAUCGAUCCUUCAAGUUUUGUUGAAAUUUUGGAAACAACUUUUCCAAAAAUUUUUAGUUGCUUAAUUGGAAAUCUUGCCUUGUUACAUUUAAUUCAGUCAUGGAUGACAGCCGAAUUGGCUUCGGUAAAUUGUACAAACAUUGUCCUUUCUUUUUUAUGCAAAAACAUUUCAAAAAUUGGUACUGACCAGUCUACAGAAAUAUCUGUCUUACUUCGUUUAUUUAAAUUUGCAUUCAUGACUGUUAAUAUUUAUCCGGAAAAAAACGAGGAAGUAUUACGUCCUCACAUUUCAUUUAUAAUUUCUAGCUGUUUAGAAUUGUCUGCGAGUGCUUCACAUCCUCUAAAUUACGCCUAUUUAUUAAAGGCAUUGUUCCGAAAUAUUAGUGGAGGCAAAUUUGACUCCCUUUAUAAAGAAAUUCUGCCUUUGUUACAGUUGAUGCUAGAAUCAUUUAAUAGGCUAAUGUACACCGCUACACUUACUUCUCAUAAAGAACUUUACGCUGAACUUUGCUUGACAUUGCCAAUUAGACUAAGUGUCCUUCUCCCUCAUAUGAAUUAUCUAAUGAAGCCUCUUAUCGUGGCAUUUAAAGGGUCUCCUGAAAUUGCUAGUCAAGGGCUUCGAAUUUUCGAGCUAUGCCUAGAUAAUCUCACCCAGGAGUUUUUUGAUGCUUUAUUAGAACCCAUAAUGUCUGAUUUAUUGUCAUCGCUAUGGAAUCAUUUACGUUUGACACAGUCGAACAUGCAGCUACACCAAAGUGCGGUUAGGAUUUUAGGGAAAAUGGGUGGAAGAAACAGACAAGUUUCUUUUGGUACAUUCGGGUUCCAAAACAUAGAAGGACCCAAUGGCGUUUCAUCUUUAAAAAUAUCAUUUCUGAACUCUAAUAAAUCAAUGGACUUUCGCCAUUCCCAAUACCUUUUUACAGCCUCUUCAACUCUUAAUGAUCAAAAAUCAUCUCAGAUUGAAAAAUCUGAUGCAUUUCGAUUUCUAAAAACUUCUUUGUUAGCCCUUUUUGAAUCUUCCGUUGACCCAAAUAACAUAUGGGAUAAAGUGCAUAAAAUUUCUUGCAAGUUGGCUGAAUUUCCAAGUGAACAGAUUGAUAAAAUAACUGCUUAUGACUUAGGUCCCUUAAAGGAUGAGAAGUUUUAUCAACAAAAUUCAGUUGUAUCUUCAGUCUUCAAGUCUUUGGUCGAAGCCCAAGCCUUCAUCGAAUUUAAAGAUGAAGCACGUUUUGUUCUUAACCAUUCAGCUGAGUGGAUUGUGAUAUCUGAAAUAUUAAGGUUUCAUGAACACUUAAUUUUCGAGGAUCAGCAAGAAAUAUUUGAAAAGGAAGUAAAUACAAGUUACCUUGACAUUACAAGUUUCAUUGAUGGAAUUUUACUUUCUCUCUGUUCUGAAAAUGUCACUACGAGGGAAAAUUCAUUGGCUUUAAUUUAUCACUACUUAAAUACGCAUAAGGUUUUGAUGGAUUGUGAGUCUAAUAUUUGGAAACUCCCUAGUUUCCAGCAACUUUUUAAAACACUGUGUCAAUAUUGCUAUAUGGAAUUAUGGUAUCAGAAAAAUGCUGGUUUUCUAGGACUAAGGGCUUUAUUUUCUAGCACUCUUGAUAAAAGGUAUUGGCUUGAAUAUAAGCUAACAGAAAUAUUGAGAGCUCUGUUUUUUAUCUUAAAGGAUACGCCUUCUGACUUUGGCGUUCUACGACUCGCUGAAGUUCAGCAAUUUGUAAUAGAUGUAGUAAGACAAUACUGCACAGAUAAUGUUGCCCACUCCGAAGACAAAAUUAAACAUAUAUCCUCAAUUUUUAUGCCCUUUUUUCUUGAAUUGCAUCAUCCAAAUGAUCAGAUACGCCAUACAGUUAAGCAGUUAAUUGAAACUAUUUCGACUGAUUGCAAUAUCUCUAUUGAAGAUCUAUUAUCUCCUGCCAAGGAAGCGUUACUAGGCCCCAUAUUCGGAAAGCCGUUGAGAGCACUUCCCUUUACCAUCCAAAUUGGACAUAUAGACGCUAUAAAUUAUUGCUUGCAACAGGCCCCUUCAUUUUUGGGGUUGAGUGAUGAAUUGAUCAGAUUAUUUCGAGAAACUAUAGCUUUAGCUGAUGCAGAAGAUGAUGCAUUGGUUACAAUGUUGAAAACUUCACAAAGCAAAGAUACAUCUUCUUUAAGAAAGUUGAGGGCUACUUGUUUACGACUGCUUUUUUCCUCUCUGAUAACUUUAAAGUUUGACCAUCCUCAGCAUUUCCAAACGAGAACCAAAAUAAUUGCAAUCUUUUUUAAAGCUCUAUAUUCAUCUCAAGAAGAAAUAUAUUCUGUAGCCAUUUCUGCUUUAAAAUAUGUGUUAUCCCAAAAUCAAAAAUUACCCAAAGAAUUACUUCAGAGCGGUUUGAGACCUAUUUUGAUGAAUUUAUCAGAUCACAAUAAGCUAUCCGUUAAUUGUCUCGAGGGUCUUUCUAGGCUAUUAAGACUACUUACAAAUUAUUUUAAAGUUGAAAUAGGUCGAAAACUACUUCAGCACUUUUCAGCGCUGUCUGAUACAAAAGAUAUGGAACGUUUGUCAACAUUUUCCUUGGAUAGUAAUCAAAGGAUGGAUGUGAUUGUCUCGCUAGUAAGUGUUUUUAAAGAUCUGCCUCCUUUGUCCGUGCAAUUUUUAGGCGAUUUGAUUACAUCGGUGGGGAAUGUUGAAAAAGUCAUUCGUCGAUUUCUGUCAAGCCCCCUAAGACGGCCUCUAAAUAAUUUCUUAAACUUUCAUGCCAAGGAUUCUUGGAUUUACGUUAUCAACAACAUAAGCAAUCCUGAUAUAGUUGCUUGGCAUUUACAAGCGUUAAAAGAUCCGGCAUGUAAUCAGCUUCGUGAGCUUUCUGUGACAUUUUGGGAUAAAAUUGUUGAACUAGUCUCUCAGACUUUAAGUCGUGAUAAUUUAACACCAAUAUUUGCCGUAAGCGUUAUGAAGGAAAUGUCUCCUAACAUUGGUUCAAUUCCGAAUGCAGGGGUCGUUUCUGCUAAACUAAUUGUACUAUCCAAAUCUAUAUAUGAAAUGUUGAAUAAUUUCAAUGGUUGGACGUAUCUUUGUCUAACUUCUUGUUUAGAUUCGAUAACUGAAUUAUUACUGUCACUAUUGAACUUGAUAGAGAAAAAGUUGGAAUUUGCACUUGAGGUGUUUCGAUUUAAAGCAGAGGACAUAAACAAGUUUUUGCCUACUUAUAUUGAUACCCUAUGUCAAUCUUUACUUGAUGGAAAUGCGUCUAGCAAAAAGAAUGUUUUCCUCGUUUGCUCGAGUAUACUGGCUGAUAAAUCUGUGAAACCGUCUUUUAAGUCCUUUUUACUCGAAAAAAUAAUGAUUCCCCUUACCUUUUCGGCUGUGCAGGAGAAUAAUUUCAUUGACAAAGAAGUCAUUCAUGCAGUAUAUAAUAACAUAUGGCGUUUAUCGGUUCGUGAAACUAGUGAUAAUUAUACAGUUUCGGAUCCUCUUCGAAUGGGUAUUUUAUGUUUAUCUACAGGCCUUUGUAAAUAUCAUUCCAACAUGCUAAAUGAUUACAGAAAAAGCAUCAUAAUGUCAGCUUGGAAUUAUUUCAAAUUAGAUGAUCCAAUGGUGAAACAAGCUGCAUAUGCAACCGUUUCUUGUUUUAUUGCUGCUUAUGAUACUCCCGCUAAAAUAGUUACUCCCGUAUAUAUAUCUUUAUUAAAAGCAUAUCAACCAGAGGUUCGAUCAUUUUUGGAUUUUUCUUUGGAUUGUUUACUUCCUGUUUUAGUCACCCGUCUUUCAAGCCCAGCUGAUGCUUCUUUUCCUCUCUGGGCUAAGCUUCCGCGCCUUGUUUUAUCCGAAGACAUGCAAAAUAUAUCGCAAACUCUAAAUGUCUAUCAGAUUAUUUGCAAAGCACCUGAUUUAUUCUUUAAAAACUCAAAGCAUUUUAUAGUUCCAAUAAUUAAUGCACUGCCCAAAUUGGUUCCCUUAUCCGGACAUAGUCAUGAGCCUCGUUCCCUUGCUAUAGAUAUGGUCAAUGCUCUCUACAUGUGGCAGAAAAAAUUGCUUGAUUUUGAUACCCCUGACAUGUCGUCUGAUACUCUCUUUCCAACUCCUGUAAUUGAAUCUGUUUUAACGUUUCUCAUAAAAUUUUUGUCUUUUUUUCCGGAGCAAGUAGAGUCUGCUAGUUUGUCUAAACGAACGCUACAGAUUUUUAGUCAGUUUUUGAAAAUUCCAAGAUGGGCUGAAUACAACUUGGGCUGGGAUUUUUUUGAAAAAUUACUAGCUAAGACAGAUAGUGACGAGAAGACUGCUACUGUAAUAUCGAAUUCUUGGCAAGUUUUAGGCGUAUAUCUGGAGCAUAAAGACUUAUCUUUUAUUCAGAAAGAACAUACGAAUAUAAUUAAGCUAAUAGACAAGAGUUUGAGAUCUGGAAAACUUGAGAUUGCUUAUUCUCUUAAGAAGGUUAUAACGAUUCUAUUAGAAAGUCGGCCAACGGUUGUUGAAGAUGAAGACGAAGUAUCAGAGGUAGACGAGUUCAAACAGUCAUUAACGUCUAUGGUGCACGAUAACUUGUCAAACGGCUCAAGUGUGGAAGCUACAGUUUGCUAUUUGCAAAUAAUAAAAGAAAAUCAUCCCGAAUCUUUAGACGCCUUGUUAACACCACUUAACAAAGUUUUCCAAAAAGUUGCGAAGGAUCAUAUAGUUGCUUGUUUGCAGAAUUCAUAUCAAUCAACUGUCAAAAUGAACGUCCCUCUCAUAAAAGAUUCGGCAAACUUGUUGGUGGCAUUAAUCGAUAUCAUAAAGAUUAGAAUGGCUGCUUUAGGCGAUCAAAGGCGCUGGUUUUUGAGCGUUAUAGUUCAACUUAUUGAGAAAAGUGCUAGCUACCAUCUUUGCUAUCACAUUCUUAAUGUUAUUAAAGAAUGGGUAGUUAUAAGAAGGGAUUCAUUCCUCACUGUUAAAGAAAAGACAGCAUUGAUAUUGAAGAUGAAGACCUUUGAAGGAAGAUUCAAUAAUGAAUUGCAUAAGCAAGCCAAUAACUUGACGUCGUCGAUUUAUCGUGGUUCUACUUUUGUUCAAACAGAACUAACGGCUCGCUUAAAGCAAGCAUUUCUAUUAGCUACAGCUUGCCGUGAUCCUGAAACACGAUUAGAUUUUAUGACUAUACUUGACUCCAGUAUGUCUCGAAAUGCUUACUCAAGGUUAAAGUAUAUUUUUGAAGCCAGUAGUUGGGAUUCAAUACCAAAUUUUUAUUGGAUCAAGCAGGCUAACUAUGUAUUACUUGGUGCAAUCAAUACAGAUAACAGGAUUGUUUUGUCAGAGAGUUCUUUGAAGUUCCUCUCGGUUACCGAUGUAGCACGAGGGAUAUCAAGUACACAAUUAGAACCUAAUGAGAAAUCACAGUCUGAAAUGUCCCAAAAUAAGUUAGAGUUUUUCCGAGAACUAAAUAUGUUCUUUGAGCAAGUUAAGGAAUUAAAGGUUUCGGAAUUGCUAAUACCAUUAAUGCAUUUACAGCUUUUAAGUGACGAGGAAGCUUGCAAAUUAUGGAAGGAAGUUUUCCCUUUAGCAUGGUCUACGUUAGAUGGUUAUGACCGUGAUGAUUUGUUGAAAUCCUUAAUUUAUUUACUUACGCGUGAAUUUCACAUAAAGCAAGUAAAUAAUCGUCCAAACGUUAUCGGGACACUAGUUUCGUCGUUUUGUGAUUGCUCACCAAAAGUCGAAUUACCUCCGCAUCUUGUUAAAUAUUUAGGGAAAUUGUAUGGUAUUUAUCACGACGCCAUAAUAUUUUUAGAGGGUCAAUUGGAAAAUUCUGUCGAUCUUUACCAAAGUACAAAGGUCCAAGAAAGUCGGAACGAUGCCAUAUCUGAAUUAUAUGCUUCUUUGGGUGAAGAGGAUAUGUUUUAUGGCCAUUGCAGACGGACUUCAAAGUAUUUACAAACGCAAGUUGCUUUGUCGUAUGAACAACUCGGCAUGUGGGGAAGAGCUCAGCAGUUGUAUGAACAGGCCCAAACAAAAGCGAGAAGUGAAGCAUUUCCUUUUUCUGAAUCCGAGUACAAUCUUUGGGAAGAUCAUUGGGUAUUAUGUGCUCAAAAACUACAGCAAUGGGAUGUUUUAACAGAGCUUGCAAAGCACGAAGGUUCAUCAGAGUUAUUAUUGGAAUGUGCUUGGAGGAUUAGUGAUUGGUCUAGUAACCGAGAAUCUUUAGAAGUCGCUAUCAAAAGCCUUUCCGAUAUUCCUACUCCUCGAAAGCUGACAUUUCAAUCGUUUAUGACCUUGCAAAAAUCCUUAAACCAGCCGACGUCUGUAAAAGAAUUUCACCAAACACUAGCUGAAGCUAUCCAUUUAGCUUUAUUGAAAUGGCAUCAACUUCCUGAGAGGAUUAAUCAGUCGCACUUUCCUCUUUUACAUUUAUUCCAACAAUUUGUCGAGCUACAAGAGGCUUCUAAUAUAUACUCAUAUCUCAGUUCUAUAAACUCUCAGAACCUUCCGACAAAUGUUCAGUGUAUUAAAAGUGCCUUGCAGGUAUGGCAAGAGCGUCUACCGAAUGUUUGGGAUGAUAUUGGUCUCUGGAGAGAUCUUUUAUCAUGGCGGCAAAUAAUUUUCUCAAUGAUCAACCGAAUUUAUCUUCCUUUGAUUCCAAAGCUUCAGUCCACUGGCAAUGACCCUUCUACCUCGUCUAAUACUUCAUUCUUCUUUCGGGGCUACCAUGAAACAGCUUGGUUAAUAAAUCGGUUUGCUCAUGUUGCCCGCAAACAUAAACUUCCUUCUGUCUGCUUAAAUCAACUUACUAAAAUCUAUUCGUUACCUAACAUUGAAAUUCAAGAAGCAUUUUAUAAACUUCGGGAACAGGUCCUUUGUUAUCUACAAAACCCGAAAGAACUAAAAACUGGACUGGAUAUAGUUUCAAAUACAAAUCUUAUGUACUUCAAUCCUCGUCAGAAGUCCGAAUUUUUUACCUUGAAAGGGAAGUUUUUGGAAAAGUUAGGCAAGGAUGAUGAAGCUAACCAAACGUACGCUGCAGCAGUUCAGGUUGAUCUGGGCUUAUCAAAAGCAUGGGCAGAAUGGGCUCAUUAUAACGAUAUUAAUUUUCGAAAGUCUCCAGAAAACAUUAAUUUUGCUUCCAAUGCAGUAAGCUGUUACCUUCAGGCCGCUGGUAAUUAUGAGACUUAUCACGCUAGGAAGAUGUUAGCAAGAGUCUUAUGGCUUCUAAGUUUGGAUGACGCAGAAAACACUAUAACUAAAACUUAUGAAUCUUAUAAAGGCGAUAUCCCAGGAUGGCAUUGGCUUACGUUUAUUCCGCAGCUUCUUAAUAAUCUUGCCAAAAACGAUAAAAGAGUUGCCCCGCAAGUUCUAAGGAAAAUAGCUAAGUCUUAUCCUCAAGCGUUAUUUUUCCUUUUGCGUACUGCUAAAGAGGAGCUUUUUCAACUAAAGCGGGCUGAAACUACGUCUCAGGAACAACAGACAGUUGAAUCGGAGACAUCAGAUAAUUUUUCAGCAAAGCAUUCUUGGGAUUAUGCUGAUGAGAUAAUGUCCAUUCUAAAAACAGCCUAUCCACUGAUGGCUUUAACUAUGGAAACGUUGGUUGAUCAAAUUCAAUCUCGUUUCAAAGGAAAAAAUGAUGAAGACGCGUUUAGACUUAUAGUCGCUUUGUUAAACGAUGCUGUGCAACAUAGUAUUCGAUGUGGAAUAUUAACAGAAGAAACUAGGCGUCCAUCUUCUACGGAAGCAAAUUUAAGCUUGUUUGUGGAUAAUAUAUUACCAACGCCCUAUAAAGCAAAGUUCAAACGAGAAUUUAUUGAAACUCCGAUGGGAUUGAGAGAAUAUAUCAGACAACUAAGGAAGUGGAGAUCAUACUUUGAAUGCCUUCUUGGUAAAACCCCUAAAAAACAAUAUCUGGAGCAUUAUAGUUCCUUUCUUUGUGAGUUUCAUCAUCAAAAAUUUGAUGAAAUUGAAGUAUUUGGUCAAUAUCUAUUACACAAGGAUAACAACAAUAACUUUUCAUGCAUUGAACGAUUUUUACCAGAGGUUGAGUUUGUUGUGGGACAUGGAAAUUGUUACCGAAAAAUUACUGUUCGCGACAAUGGGGGUGAACUCCAUUCUUUUGUAAUUCAGUAUCCUUCUGCGAGGAACUGUCGACGAGAAGAACGUAUCAUGCAGUUUACUAGAUAUCUAAAUGAUGCAUUACAGGCCAACACAGAAACAAGACGGCGCUGUCUAAAUUUUUACGUACCUGCGGCAAUACCGUUAUCAUCUCAUAUACGACUGUUACAAGAUCAGCCUUCUUCUGUGUCAUUGCAGAAAAUAUAUGAGGAAUAUUGCGACUUGAGGAAAUUCUCAAAAGAUGAACCCGCAAAUAUCUUUACCGAUGAAUUGUCAAAGUGGAUGCAAAAUGCAGCAUCACGAUUCACCCCAGAGUCUAGUGAAAGUGAAAAGCUGGCUACAAGGAAGGAAUUGUUCACAAAACGAAUUGCAAUUUUUGAAGAAAUUCAAAAACUGUACGUUCCUUCUACAAUGUUAAAAGAUUACUUUAGCAAUGCUUUUAUGAAUUUUUCUGAUUUCUGGCUUUUUAGGAAAAGUUUCUCUUAUCAAUAUGCUUGCUUCAGUUUUUUGACUUAUAUACUGAGUAUCAAUAAUCGGAUUCCUAGCAAAGUAUACUUUUCUAAAAGCUCAGGUAGUGUGUGGACUAGUGAAGCUUUGCCUGCAAUGAUCUCUUCAUCUCCUGUAUAUCACAACGGAGAGGUGGUUCCCUUUAGGUUUACACCGAAUAUUACGGAGUUUAUUGGAAAGACGUGCAGGGAUGGUUUACUCGGUCCAUCAAUAAUGGCUAUUGCUCGUGCCUUAUCCAAGCCAGAUUUUGAUUUGAAUAUGAUACUGGGCACCUUUGUCGCAGAUGACUUGCAGUGGUGGUUAAACCAACAUAAUAAGCACCAGUCUUCUGAUUUUGAUUUUAGGGAGAAAGUAAAUAGCAAUACUGAUUUAAUUGUUCGCAGAGUAGCGUCAUUAAGUCAGGUGGCUUUCGGUAACUUACCUGUUAAUCAAACAGCUAUUGACUAUUUGACCCAAGCUUCUAGUGCUAAAGUUUUAGCCCAAAUGGAUGUACUGUGGGCCCCAUGGAUUUAAAGGACUAUUUUUUUGAUGUACUUAAUUUUGGUUUAAUGGUUUUCGUUAAAAAUAAAUAGAAUGAAAUGACUAAAUAAGCAAUCAUAGAAAUAUCCUGCACACUUUACAUUAUUAUAAAUAUCAGUAAAAAUUAAGUUAAAUUAUGCAAAAGGAUUCACGUCUAGCUGAUCAGCUGGAGUACUUGACUUCUGUUUCUUAUUACCUAAAGAAGCUUCUUCGUCCUCGGCCUUUCGUUUUAAAUAUAAUGUGCUGUUUUUCUUCUUUAAUGGAUCCAUACAAAAGUAAAGUUUCUUUCCGUAAUCUUUGGCUUUUUCUCGAUCCAACUUUGCAUUUUUCGUGGAAUCAAGUGAAUUAGAGAUAGAAAUAAUCAAAUCAUGUAUGGAGUUAAUGGACUUCGCUUGUAAAUAAUUGAGGCAAAGAGAAGGAUUUGUAUGGUAUAUCCCGGAUAGGGCAAUGAUGCUCGGAGAAUAAAAAAAAUACACGUCUGAAUGUAACGUUUC